UUCUAUUGGUUCAUUCAUAGAGCAUUACUAGCGAUGAUAGUAGCGUAUUUCCUUCAAGAAAUAUUUAACUGUAAAGGAUUUACGUGGAUAUAUGUAUAUUAGUACUAAUAACAAUAAUUUCAACGGUGUAAAAAAUAACGUUAGUCUCAACUUUGAACAUGAAAGCAGUAAUACAACGUGUGACAAAAGCUAGUGUUUCAGUUAAUGGUGAAAUUAUUAAUAGUAUUGGAAAUGGUCUCUGCAUUUUAAUUGGUAUAAAAGGAGAUGACACAAUAGAAGACAUGAAAUAUAUAGUAAAAAAAAUACUGAAUAUUAAAAUGUUUGAUGAUGAUAAUAAUAAAAAAUGGAGUAAAAAUGUUAUGGAUAAAGAAUAUGAAAUAUUAUGUAUUAGUCAGUUUACAUUGUACCAUACCCUGAAAGGAAAUAGAUUAGAUUUUCAUAAAGCCAUGCCUGCCCAAACAGCUGAAUCAUUUUAUAAUAAUUUUCUUAUUGAACUUGGUAAAAAUUAUAAACCAGAAUUAAUUAAAGAUGGUAAAUUUGGAGCAAUGAUGGAAGUUAAUAUAAAAAAUAGUGGACCUGUAACAUUAGAAAUAGAAUCUCCACUUAAAUUUAACAAAUCAAACCAAUGUAAUGAUACACAAUGAAUAUUGAUGGAAAAUCAAAAUGAAAAUAUAUGAAUAUUAAUUAAACAUACAAUAAAUGUUAUUAAAUACAUAAUUUUA